AUGGCUGCACAAAUACUGAAAUCUGAUCAGAUAAAACAGUUUAAGAAGUUUCUCAAAACCUACACAGUAAGCCUACGGUAAACCUGCUUUUUGCAGUGGAGAGACUUCAGGACAAGAGAAGUAAAGCCUGAAGAAUAUCCUGUUCAACAGAAUGAAGCCCUGAUAGCCAGUGUAGGAUGCCUUGGCCAACCACGUAGAGAAGUCCUGAGGGACGGAUCCCUGAUGCGAUACCGGAAAUGA